GCCCUAUGGAAUGAAUAAUAGCUUGUCAAAACUAGAUUUUCAGUAUAAACCUAACUCAACUGGUAUAGCCAGUGUAACAGCAUGUAAGAAAACAGCAUUUGUGUGUGACAUUAUUUUUUCACAAUGAGCUCUUUAAGUGAUGGUGGAAGCAACAACAUACGCCCACCAUCAAGAAUGAGACGAGACAAAUCUCGUUCAAGUUCAAAAUUAAAAUGGAACAAUGUACCUACCAAUGACAAUGGUCCAAUACAAACACCAUCUUUAAAAGUUGAAGAUUAUGAGCCUGGAUAUGCUCUAAGGAGGAUUGCUUUGCUGUAUGAGAGCAACAAGAAUGAAGAAGUUGCUUCACUGAUCAAGGAUCUCUCGAAAUCCUCUUUAAGCAAGAUCUACCCAGAUUUUCCCAUUGACCUUUUUAUAGAGGGAAUUCCUCAUACACUGUGUAUCAUUAAUGCAUUAUAUUCAAGAGUGUUUAUGGAGAGGCCGCAAAAAUUUCCUCUGGAUAAACUUCCUCUUGGUACUUUAGUGAUGCAGAUUGUAAAGCUUUAUGCUCGAAGUUUGACGACAGACUUGCCAAAAGUUCCAAACUGGGAUAGCCAGGAGUCACAAUGCAAAAAUCUUUUAAAGAUUGCUGGCUUCAUUGACGGAGUGGGAAUUUUAAAAAUGCUUCGCCACCGAAGACGUUGUUUAGAACGAGCACUUGAGGGCCUAGGAGAGCACGGUGCAGUUUCUGUUGAGACUUCUCCAAUCGGUGAAGAAGAAGUGAAAUCAGAGAUGAUGUCAUUGCCCUCUGCUCUCAGAACUGAGCUCGACAGAAUGAUACUAAACUGUAAAUUCUCGUCGCAAAAACUUAACCGGACAAACCGGGCUCUUUCAGAGCGUGAUCAAGACACAUCACCAACAUCUCGGAAGAGCCUUUUUUCCCCAGAUCCGAUUAAAAGUGAUAAGUUAAAUUCCUCGUUUGAGCUUCCUUCUGAGUGCAACCACCAGCGGUUAAUGAAGUAUACAUCUACUGAUAUACAGGAGCGUUUAUACAAGAACAAAGCAAUCCUUAACAUUAUUGAACCUACAAUGAACUACGCACAGUUGCCAAGACUGGUCUCAAUCAUGCAAGACAGAAUAGAAAGAGACAAAGACUUGCUUCUCACAUUUUCACAACUUCGCAAAGAAAUAAUUUCAGUUCCUGUUGAUGCAAAACUUGCCCCAGCCCUUAAUCAUUAUUCCCAAGCUUUCAAUGCUGUUAUUAAUGCAUUAAAAGAGUUUGUACCUGAUGAUCCUGGUACGCCUGAAACAUUUUCAACAAGUGGCUUUCGAAGUGAUUCAGAAUCAAACAUAAGUCCAAACAAAUCCAAAACCUCCUCAAAAGGCUCUCCUAGCCAUAACGGUUCCUCAGGGGAUCUUGAAACAAAGAACACACCAAACCCCUCUCCUAAUGGUCCAGAAGCAGGCAACCGUUCGUUGAAACAACCUCAAAUAUUCGAAGCUGUUGCUUUACAUCGGAAGGAAUGUGAUCGACUUCGUCAUGAGCUACAUAAAGCUCAGAAAGCAAUCACAAAACUUCGUUUACGGGAAAAUGAGUUGGUUGAAAGAUUAUCAAGCCAAGCCAAGCGCUCGUUCGACGGCGGUAGUGGGACCUUCGAAGACCUUAGCAAUGGAGCUUCACGGCCAAGUGAACUUGCUCGCUCAUUUAGAAGCUUGUAUAGUGAUGGAAGGCUACAGGCAAUGGAUGCACUCGACAGGGAAUGGAAGACAGAUAACAGCGAUAAUAUAAAAGCAAAGUUGCUCUUCUCUGUCAUGGUGUUGAGUUUCCGAUCGGCAAGUGACACGCUUGACCGCAUUCGACAUUGUCUACAUGACAUCAUGUGUUCGUCCUCCGUAGCCGUUGUUCCUAAACAUGAAGCAGCGGUGCGCGAAGUCGAAAAUACAUUCAAUGCUUACUUGAGAAGAACGACACAAAAUUACGAUCUUUCUAAUAAUGUACAGGAAGUCAUAAACCAAGUGAGCCAGGCAUUAUACGACCGUCCUGGUCUGUCCGAGUCGUGCGCUCUGCGUGUUUAUGUAACAGAAUGCAUCCACCUAUCGUGGUCAAUAGCUGUCCAAACACCACCGCUGUUUCUCGAGUAUGAUUGCCAGUCAUUUGACAGCAUGCGGCAUGAACGUUUCCACACAUCUGACAGGGAAUCCGGCGCUAUUCUAUCCUACCUCUGGCCCUCUCUGCUUGAGAAGCAGUCUGGGCGUUGUGUGUGCAAAGGUGUGGUGAUCACUGGUGUGUAAUCUCACCCCUGCAGUGGCUCCAGCUAAAGAAAAAUUUUGGAUCUGUAACACAUUUUAAUUUUUUUGUACCUUUUCAACACAAAAUUCAAAACUGUGUUUUAAAAUUCAGAAAUAAACAAGUUAUUAUUUGUGUCUAAUAAGAUUAUUUAUAUAACCUUUGUAUUUGUAUAUAUUUUGUAUUGUACAUAUUAGAAUUAAUUAUUUUUGUGUCUCAACAAGGGUCUGCGAAAAACAUUGCCAACUUUGUACAUAUUGUAUAUAAGCAGCGUUUUUUAAAACCACUUUUGUAAAUAGCAUAUUUUUCUUAUAAAAUACGCCUUUCUCUUCUAUAUGCUACCAAUAUAUAAUUAAAUAUGAUUUAAUUUAGCUGGCCAAACAGACCAAUUCAAAAGUGUAUUAAUUCCAUGUAUUAAUUCUACCUUCAUUAUCACAUCCUAAUAGUAAGAUUUUCCAACACCAUGAUUAUUUAUUUACUGGUUCAAAUAUUUGUUACUGUCAUUAUGUUUUACUGUUUACAUGAAGUUAUUUUUUAUUAAGACAUUUUUAAUCUAUAAUAUCCCACUGAAUUGUAUUUUUUAUCACUGUAUAAAUUAAUUUGCACACUGUUUAAUCAGUCAGCUUUAAUUUUUGUUAAUUCUUACCUUUUAAGCUCACUGAAGCAAAUUUCUUGUAUAAAAGUCUUCAAAAGGUGAACAAAUAAAUUACUGAAACAAUUA